AUGAGAGAACCUCGAGCAUCCAAGCGGAGAAGAGUUUCAGAGGAACCGGUCGAAGAUGAUGAUGGGGAUAUCGCAAUGGAGAGCGAUGCAGCCUACUCUGAGCCGUCCUCUCCAGCAGCUGGCGACGACUCCGAAGAAGACCAAGAUUACCGCGGACCUAGGCAAUCUGUAUCACGGCGAAGGUCCACUCGAGGCAGGAAAAACGUACCGACGGGCUUAGAUGAGGACGGAAAUGAGAAGGCACCUCAACCUGAGACCCCCUCGAGGGGUACACGGGCGAGUGGCCGCCAGCGCAAAACGCCCGCAAAACUUGAAGGCGACGCUCCCGCAGCGACACCACGAAGCGGCCGCGGCGUGAGGAGUGUGCAAAAGUCACGACGACAGUCGGUUGACGAGUCUGAUAUGGACAUUGAUAUCCAGUCUCCGCAACCGAAGUUGUCAGUUUCCAGAACCCGAUCUCGAAGGAGCACCGCCAGAAACAAGACAAACGGUACGAAUGAUGAAGGGCUGGACCGAUCUCCGUCGCCGGCAUAUCACGAUGGUCUUGAUGACCUGAUUGCCAUGCAACUCCAACAAGAUCUACAGAAACAACAAGAAGUGCAGCAAGAGAUUACCGAAGUGGUAGAGGCUCCACCCGAGUAUGUUGAGAAGCUGCAGACUCUCUGUCAGGAUGGUUACCAUGAUGAAAUUCGGGUGCUCUCGAGUACCAUACUUGAAAAGCUCACUGGAAAGCGACAAAUCCCGCUUAAGGGGCUCGAGAACGAGUACAACAAGGUCAACCAUCUGAUCGAACAGACUGUGACCGUGGGCGAAGGAAACUCGAUGCUUCUUCUUGGUUCUCGUGGUUGCGGGAAAACAGCCAUGGUCGAGACAAUCCUCUCUUCUCUGGCGAAGGAGCAUAGCAAUGAUUUCCACGUUGUCCGUCUCAACGGAUUCCUUCACACGGAUGAUCGCCUUGCCCUCCGGGAGAUGUGGCGUCAGCUUGGUCGCGAGACUAAUACCGAGGACGAUGCUUCGAAAGUGAGCUCUUACGCAGACACAAUGGCGACUCUUCUAGCCCUCCUAUCUCACCCAGAAGAGUUGUUUGGAGCCAAUGUCAAUGGAAAUGCAGUGACCGCUGCCAAAUCAAUCGUCAUUCUCUUGGACGAAUUUGAUCUAUUCGUCACACACCCGCGUCAGACUUUGCUAUACAAUCUGUUCGAUAUUGCCCAGGCACGAAAGGCGCCCAUUGCAGUGAUUGGUUUGACCACGAAGGUCGAUGUGACUGAAAUGCUGGAGAAGCGUGUGAAGAGUCGAUUCAGUCACCGAUAUGUAUACAUUCCCCUGCCCAGGACCUACGACAUCUUCUCAGAGAUCUGUAUGGCGAGUUUGGACCUCAACGAGGAGGAAUCUCAGCAAAUCAUAAACUUGCUCUGUUCCGAGAACCCCGUCUUGGAUGGCAAUAAUUGGACAGCACUUCUCGGUGGAUGGCAAGAGUAUCUGAAGUCCAUGUGGCAAGACAAAGACUUCCAGUUCCACCUCAAAAGGAUCUACAACCAAACCAAGUCCGUCAAAGAAUUCUUCACCAGCGCCCUGCUCCCUAUUACAGACCUCCAUCUCAGCACUCACGGUGUCGACCAACCGACCCUGCAAAUACCCACCCCGAAGAGCUUCACCUCCCAAACCCUCUCCUGCCCGGACCCGGCGCCGCUCCCAUUCUCGGCAUCCGUUUCGGCAUCGUCCAGCUCGUCAUCGCUCCCGUUGGCCUUGCUCGUGGCUGCCACGCGCCUCGCAGCUCUCUUCGACCCCGGCAACGAAGGUGUCCAAGCUCAGAGUCUGGCACCUCUUGCUCUUUCUUUCCCCGCCGCAUACGCAGAGUACGUGCGCUUGCUGACUACUGCCAAGACAUCCGCCUCUGUCUCUGGAGCUGCUGCAACCGCGGGUCGUGUUUGGGGACGAGAUGUUUCCCGGGAAGCUUGGGAGAAGCUUGUUACCUGGGGUCUUGUCACUCCUGUGGGAUCUGGAAAUGGCACUGCUGAUGGCCAGAUGUUCCGUGUCGAGAUUAGCUUUGAGGAAGUCAUUGACAUGGCUGGCUCGGGCGGUUCACUCGGACAAUGGUGGCGAGAUGGCUGA